AUGGAGGGUAUCAUAAACACCUCUACCCAAAGCAGAGAUAUUUACGAAGUACAACCAGAACGCAAUAGAGCCCUAAAAUUACUUGCAUUACAUAUAUUGAAACACCUCCCAGAGGAUAUUCUUCGUGAAGAGUCAGACUUUUCGUCGAUUAAAUCUAAUGAAGCUAUCCCAGAUUAUGGGGCAUGUCAAGAAUGUGAUAAGCCUAUUUUAACAGAAGAUCUGCCUAGAUCCCUCAUUUUAAAUGUCUGUGGUGAUAUGAUCCACCGGACUUGUGCAAGAGGAACUGAUAAGAGAGGAACGUUAUAUUGCUCAUGUGGCAAGAAUGAUGAUAGCGACCCAUUAUUGCCUUCAGAGGAUUUUGAAUUUGAUGAUGAUCUGUUUGAGGAAACUUGCGAUAAGUGUUCUGAAGUAAUCUCUAAAGUGCCUCUAUUAAGGCUUGAUGCUUCCGUAUCUACACCAGUCGUACUGCUACCAUGCAGACAUAAGGCUCAUUUCGGAUGCAUUGGUAAUAAGAAUAAGCUGUGUCCUAAAUGCCUGUCAAUUGAUGAUCUUGAAAAAGAAGGAUAUUAUAUUUCACCUACUUUCGAUGGAGCAUUCAAGAAAAGGAAGAGAAAAGAUGAUUCGCGUAAAUCUACUAGGGGUACAAAAGCGCAAACUAUGAUUCGUGAGCUGUCCAUCCGCCUAGCUAGUGAAGUAUCAAUUGGUGCACCUCCCAAAGAUUCUGACAUGGGAAAAGUUUCGAAUCAAUUCCACAAAUUAUAUUAUGAGAUUGAUGAUGCAGAAAAAAAUGGGGAUCAGACUAAUAGAGAUUUAUUGCGGAAAGGUUGCGAAGAAAUGCCAGGAACUGUCUGGGAGCUAAGGUGA